GUGUGGUAGCUCAGUGUAUGAUGCUGAAUCAGCAAAAUAUGGCCACGGUGCUGCUCAAUCUCUUGGUGUUGGAUAUGCUGCCUUUAUAGCUGCUCUGCAUUCACACAACCGGUCUUUUCUCUCCUCACAUUAAGCUAAAGUGAUGGCUUCUUCAGCUGAGAAAGAAGGCAAAAGACUGUUGAGGCAUGCGUGGGAAUAUGGACAGAGAAUUGAGAGAGAGUCGCAUCUAUGCAAUCAUGCUCGGGACCUGUUUGGAACUGAACUACAAGCUUUGAGAAAAAAACUCAGAGACAAGAGCCUUCAAGUGAUACUCUUGGGUACGUCUCACAGCAGGAAAGCUGAAGAGCUGCAAUGGAAGAAAUCUGCAUACAAUGUAGUUCAAAAGUGCAAGGCAAUCUCCGAGGCAGUGGAUGGAGUGAGCCCGCUGUGCACGUCUUAUAGAAACCACCUUGAGAUGUGUAUCGACUAUUACUGUACACUGUUAGAGAAGCUAGAGGAGAGAACGGGAGUAGGUCCGAAUAACACAGACGCUGCUGAUUUCAAGACUGCCGGUUUAAAAUGGCUGAAGGAUGUGUACUACCAGUGCUUCAUUCAUUUAGGGGAUCUCGCCCGCUACCAGGUCACAGUGGGCGGGAACCACUACACAGCUGUUGCCUACUACCAUCACGCUAUAGCACUGGACCCAAGCCAAGGUGCUAGCUACAAUCAGCUAGCUGCGCUGGUCGGCAACAGGAACGAGCAGCUGGAUGCAGCCUACUACUAUCAGAGAAGUGUGACCUCCUCUCAACCUUUCUCUGGUUCUCUCUCAAACCUCACCCGUAUCUACGAGAAGAACCAAAACCGACUGGAAACAAUCGAGAGAAAACUGGAAACCACCACUGAGCAGGAUAUUAGGGAAUUUACGCGUGAUCUCUUGCUGGUUAGGUUUCUCCGUCUGCAACAGAUGCUCCAGCCUACUGAAAAGUCUGUGUUAAGUUCAAUAAAUGAGAAGGAGCUUGAGAAACUGUGUAGAGCUAUCAACAGCAGUCUAGAAGAUUGCCUAGACCACGAUUUAGCACUGCUAGCCAGUACUGCUACUGUGACAGUGAUGGCUGCUCUUAGAUCUGACAUCCAUUCCUCUACCAACCAGGAGCAGUAUGAAGUACACGAGUCUAUACCUCACGAUGUUAUGUUGAAGAUGUGUGCACUGGCCGUUCUAGCCUCACACACUCUUCGAUCACUUGGCUCAACGUUCACCACCUCGGCCACUUCUUUUGCUCUCUCUGUCUUCUCUCAACUGCUCCACUAUGCACAUAGGAGACUCACUCUCCUCCUCACAACAGCAGUUGCCUUAGCUACCCCAGCGGGUCAAACCGCCCCCCCUCUCGAUCAAUACUUAGAUCAAGGAGACAGCAUGGUGGAAAUUUUACAAAAGGUGAAAUUCGAUGUGUCUCAAGUCACUGCUUCGAGUGCAGCUACUGAAGUAGCUAAAGGAGCUACUGAUAUCUCAAAACAAAAGCAGGCCAAAACAAAGCAGCAGGCCGAAGAGAAGAAAAUGGUUGAGAAAAAGAAGAAACGAUUGCGUAAAGUGCUCACUCGGCGAAGGCGAAGGAGAGGUGGUGAUAAGAAUGACUCCAGUGAGGAGGAAUGUGAAGUUCUCAGUAGCAGUGAUGACGAGUCCACAGCCAGUGAUGAUGACACCCUCUCUAUGGACCUGUCUAACACCCUCGGGGAAGAUGAUCUGGAGAUGCUCGAGAGGCUCUCAGAUUGCAGCUCUUCAGAGGACGAGGGCACUAAGGACAAACUGCCUUCUCUGGAGAAAACUCCUCCCAACACAUCUCAGCCUUUAGCGGCAGGCGGCAUGUCACCUGCCUCGGUACAGAAAAAAGCAAAAAGACAAAUCAUCCUUGCCGCAAACUUCAGCAACGCUCCGAGGCCAAAACUUGAAGAAGCGAAAACCGAAUCUGAGCUUCCUCACACUGCAAGUGGAUCUUUGGUACCUUCUUCCCAUGCUAUCGAUUCGUCAGUUAAACAAGACCCCACCACGUCAGUUGACAAUGGUUUACUGUAUUUGAUGGAGAAGACCGGACAUCAGUCUAUUGUGUACAGUGUGUGCUGUUUGGUUGCUGAGGAGAGCUACUUGAUGUCCUUGAGGGUGUUUAUGGAGUGGGUACAAUCCUAUCCAAUUGCAGUGGCUACUAGUACACAGGGCUUGUCUGGUAUCUGGUCUCAUCUGGCAUCUCUUAUAAACUUCCUUCCCAGCGAAGACGAACUGUCUUGCUUAGAUGACUCUGCCAAGAUUGAUGAGCAGUUCACCAACUUUGCCUUACUGGAGGACAUAGCUCUGAGAGGGUUCCCACCUCUAGUUGGCUACCAGGCUAGUUUGGUAUACAAUUCACACUCUGAGCUAACCAGCACCAAGCAGGCUGCACAGAGAGUCCGCUAUUGCACAACGUUUGGCCGUUUUGUUGCUGAUCUCAGAACUGUCCCCUCGUUCUCGUGGGAUCUCCUUACUAACAAGUUCAUCGGGGCGGCACAGAAACAGCAGAUUGAUGAGAAAAGAGCUAAAGAAAAAGAGUUAGAGCAAGAAAAACAAGCACAGUUACAACGCUCCAAGUUAAUGAAUGCAAUGGCUCAACAGAAACUACAGCAUGAAGUGGCCACUCUCGAGGUGUCAGCAAAGAAGCAAGCAACUUUCUUCACACCCUACCUCGUACCAGAUGCUCACUCACUUUGUACUGGACUCCAUCUUGUCAAAAAGCUUCUCACCUCUGAGAAAUUUAUCUUUGUGAUUGCUAAGUCGACCAUUGAGGAGUUGGACAGUAUGAAGAAAGGACGAGACAAUUAUGCUGCUCGAGAAGUGAUCAAGUUUCUCGAGCGAGAGUUCAAAGAUGGCCACAAGUUCAUCAGAGCACAACAGCCUGAGGAAUCUAUCUCACCUAGCGCAAAGAAAUCUUCUAAGAUGGACAUUGAUAUCUGGCAUUUGGAUCGUCUGAUUGACUGUGCUGUCUACUACAACCAGAGCUUCAGUGAGAGUGGUCAAGACAAGACUGCAGUGACUCUUCUAUUGCACAAGAAACUGCUGAAGACAGUGGAAGAUCCUGGCCCCACUGAUUCUGACCAACUCAUGCAAGUUGUUCACAGUGCUUGGCAACACGGAGUGGAGCUAGAUAGUGUGAUGAACUUUCAUAGCAAAUGGCAAAAGAAGGAGUCCACAAAACGAAAAUAAAUGUCGUGAAGGGACUCCGCUUGCCUGUAUAUAGUAGGCAAAGGGACAUUUUAGUAAUAAUUUGCCUGUAUAUAAUUAUGUGCAGAACAGAUAAUAAAAGAAACAGUUUUUUAACUAUACAACAAACAACAGUAGCAUAUAUACAGCUAAACCAGUACAAGUUUUCAUGCUCUGCUCUUUUGUUUUGUAUUCUUAAUUUCUCUGAAGUACAUGUAGUAUAGGCCCUCAAAUGGUGUACAUGAAUGCUGUCAUUAUUGAA